AUGCAAACUUACAAAUGCAAAGUAUCUAUAAUCGACGUAGAAUUAAAUAUAAUUGUCCUAUAUCCCGAAAGAAGUAAAUAUUUAAGGUGGAAGGUACCUACUGUCGAAAGUUUAAUUCAACAACAGAAUCUUAAAAUCAACAAUUCGUUUGAUAUCUUUCAAUUGGAUUGCGCUUCUGAAAUUCGUGAAGCGCAUCAAUUUAUUCUAGAGGAAACUGAGGUAGAAAUUCGUAAAGCAACCGCUGCUAUUUGGAAAAGUGCUGAAGAAGGUGUAAAAACUGAAUAUCAUAAACUUAACAUGGAAUACAAAAAAGCUUACGAAGAACGCUACUUGAUUCCAUGUUUCCAUCAAUCAAAUAUUCAGUUAAAUGAGCUGAUGAAUUUUGUAAGAGCCGACAUCCUUGAUAGAAAUGAUAUCAAAACGGGACAGGAUUUAGAAAGUAAAGAAAGUAAAUUAUGCGAUGUCGACAUCCUUGAUAGAAAUGAUAUCAAAACGGGACAGGAUUUAGAAAGUAAAGAAAAUAAAUUAUGCGAUGUCGACAUCCUUGAUAGAAAUGAUAUCAAAACGGAACAGGAUUGGAAAAGUAAAGAAAGUAAAUUAUGCGAUGUCGACAUCCUUGAUAGAAAUGAUAUCAAAACGGAACAGGAUUUGGAAAGUAAAGAAAGUAAAUUAUUCGACUUUUACCCUUGUGUAGCAAAUAGUUAUACUAGAUAUACAGAAGAAUAUUUGGAAAGAAAUCAACAAACGGACUAUCCGCACUUUUAUCAAGGAGGUUAUGCUGCAAAACAUUACGGCCCAUUUUACGGUAUUGGUGAAAUUGAUAGAAAUGAAGAAAAAAAUUUGGAAAGUAAUCAACAAACAGAUAAAGAAUUGAAAAAAAAUUAUUUAAUAAACAUAUUAAGUUAUUGUAAACCUAGAAGCAUUGUUAUUUCUAAAAAAGUUAAUGAAUUUCUUGAAUUUCUUGAAAGAUCAAACGAUCUAAUCAAUGUUAAAAAAGCAAAAAAGAAAAUUGCGGAUUUAGGACUCUCUAGAAAUCGUAUACUUACAGGACGUUACUUGUUCAAACAGCACGAUCUAAGACAAACUUAUUACCAAGGCGGAAAUCUUCAAUCACAUUUUCAUUUUAACGAAGUUUUUUCAAUUGAAUACAUUUUUCUUAAAGGCCUUCCGUAUAAAGACUACAAUAUUGCAAAAAGAAAAGGAAAACUCUCAAGAAAGAGAACGAUGAAUCGGAUCAGAAACCUUCCUCCGCAAAUCCUUUUUUUCAGUACAAAGAAUUUUAAAGAAAACCAAAAACAAAAGUUUGCAUAA